AUGGACCUUCUGAAGCAGAUCUUCACGCCCGCGUCGGCUGAGACGGCCAAGAAGGAGGAGGAGAAGACAACCACGAAGGUGGAGACCACGGCCGAGAAGGCGCACCUGGGUACGGGCAUCAAGCAGCAGCAGCAGGGCGGCGUCACCUACACCAAGGAAGUCGAGUGUCAGCCCCAGAAGGAAAUCGAAAAGAUUCGCGAAGUAGAGAUCGAGAAGGUGCAGCCAGUGGUGCACGUCGACCGCGAGCAGACAGAGGUGCGCCAGGUGGUGCAGCCCGUCGUCGAGAAGGAGGUGCGCCCGACGCUGGUGACCAAGACCGCCAAGAAGGAGGAGCUGGGCACUCGCCAGGCCGAGGCCUCGGGAGUCAAGCUCGAGCAGGGCCGCGCCAUGGGCGCCGCGCCCGACAUCAAGUCCAAGACCGAGUUCCUGGGCGUAGAGAAGCAGCGCCAGGAGUUCAAGCCCAUCGUCGAGGAGACGGUGCACAAGAAGGUGAUCGAGCAGGUCACGCCCGUGGUGGAGCGCGAGGUGGUGGUGCCCCACGUGAUCGAGCAGACCAAGCACAUCCACGAGACCGUCAAGGAGGACAAGGUGGUCACGCACGAGGUGCGCCCGCCCGUGACCGCCGAGGAGUGGCAGAAGAAGGAGGGCGCCGUCUGCCAGGUCCCCUCCCAGAAGUCCUAA